AUGGCGGGACCAGCCUCUCAGCUCGCAGCGAAUGCGAUCUGCUCCCUUGAGGAGUUUCGUCGCGUCUCCUACGACUACAUCAUCGUCGGCGGAGGCACCGCAGGCCUGACCCUGGCGGCUCGCCUGAGCGAAGACCCUAAUGUCAACGUCGGAGUGCUGGAGGCGGGCAAGGACCAGACGAAGAACGAGCUCGUCCGGACCCCCGCCCUCUUCCCUCAGAUGUUGACAAACCCGGAGUACGACUGGUUGAUGUAUACCGUACCCCAGAAAGGAAACCACAAUAAGAUUCACCACCAGACCCGCGGGAAGAUGCUGGGUGGCUGCAGUGCUACCAACGGCAUGAUGUACGUCCGCGGAUCGAAACAGGAUUUCGACGAUUGGGGUGCCUUUGGCAAAGGCUGGUCCUGGUCGUCUAUUGCGCCUUAUUUCAGAAAGCAUGAACGGAUGGAUGACACCCGGGUCGGGCUUCCAGGUGAUAACAAAUUCCUGCAGUUUCAGAAAAAAAGCCACGGCCAGCAUGGCCCCAUCGAAACGAGUUUCAACAACUGGAGAAACCCCCUGGAGCGGUACUUCCUUCAAGCUGCCAAGGAAGCGUCCGGCAUGACCGCAAGCCCUGUUGACCCGUGGGGAGGAGACCAUCUCGGGUUCUUCUCAUCACUCGCCACGGUGGACCGGAGAGGCGACAAGGGAACCCGAAGCUAUGCGGCCACGGGAUACUUACUGCCGAAUCUGACGCGGCCGAAUUUGAAAGUCCUCACCGAAGCGCUCGCCGUGUGCGUCACGCUGGAGGGAACCUCGGCUUCCGGCGUCCGGUUCAUGCAUGCAGGGACGACGUACGACGUGCGCGCAGCCAGGGAAGUCAUCAUCAGCGGCGGUGUAUAUAAGUCCCCGCAGGUGCUGGAGUUGUCGGGAAUCGGAGACCCGUCCGUCUUGAAGGCCGCCGGAGUGCAGUGCAAAGUGCCCCUGCCGGGGGUGGGAGCAAACCUCCAGGACCAUGUCCUGAGCGGAGCCGUGUACGAGCUGAAAGACGGAGUCAUGUCGUUCGAUGCCCUCCGUUACCCCAGCGUUGCCCAGGAGCACAUGGACAUGUAUGCCAAGGACCGUACGGGAAUCCUCGCUGCAGCGACCAGCUGCAUGGGCUUCCUGCCGUACUCAUCCCUUGUCUCCAAGGACGAGCUGGAAGCGACCUGCCAGAAGAUUCUUUCCUUGCCGGCCGAAACCGCCUUCCAACAGAACCAGCGCGAGCAGAUCGUCAGCCACCUACGCAGCCCCUCGUCAGCCAACAUCCAGUACAUCCUGUCUCAGGGGACCGUCGACCUUGAGAAUGCCCCCAGUGACCAGAGUAAAUUCGCCAAGGCCUUGUCCCCGGAGGACCCCAACGGCUUCACCAUUGUGACCUGUCUACAGUAUCCCUCGUCUCGGGGCACGGUGCACAUCACGAGCAGCGACCCGCAUCAGAACCCGGCUAUUGACCCGGCGUAUCUGACCAAUCCGGCCGACGUGGACAUUCUAGCCGCGGGCCUUGAGUUCUGCGACAAGAUCGCCGGCGCGCCGGGGCUCAAGGACAAGGUGGUGCGUCGGGCGUUGCCGAGCCCUAGCGUCAGCUUGCAGAGCCGGACUCAAGCCGCUGAAGCGGUGAGGGAAAAUUGCAUGACAGAAUACCACCCUUGUGGGACCUGUGCCAUCGGCCAGGUCGUCGACGAGCGGCUGCGGGUGCUGGGUGUGAAGCGACUCAGAGUAGUGGACGCCAGCGUCUUUCCCGGCAAUGUGAGCGGCAAUAUCUUGUCAUCUGUUUAUGCGGUGGCCGAGAAAGCGGCCGAUAUGAUCAAGGAGGAUGCGAAGCAUGUGCGUGCCUCUCUUUAG